AUGGCCAUAAGGAUACUUAACUUGACCACAAGUUCAUCCGGAUGUGAAAGAAAUUGGAGCACAUUUGAAAUGGUAGAUGCAAAGAGGAGAAAUCAACUAGAUGUGGCCCGUAGGGACAAUCUAGUUUAUAUCCAAUUCAAUGGAAGGAUGAUUGAUAAAAGAAAGAAGUUAUCCUCUUCUAGUGAUGUUCUUCUUGGUGAAGAUGCUUCACGAGCUCAAGAUUGGAUAUGUGAAGAUGCAUAUAUCGAUGAGGAGAUUGAUCCCACUACAGGCAUGCCAUACAGCAUCAUUGAUGAAGCAAUGGGGGCAAGCGAUCCUGUGGAGCUUCGUAGAAGUGCAAGAGUUAGAGAACUCCAUGAAGUUGAAGAAUUCGUUGAGGAUGAUGAUAAUGAAUCAGAUCAUGAGAUAGAGGAUGAUGGGAUUGAUUAUGAGUCUGAUGAUGAUGGAGUGAUGGCAACCAAAGACGAUGAUGAGGAGGAGGAACCCCCGCAGCCUUGA